GGGGUCGGGGAGCGGAGCCUCCCCGGGGGAAGGCAGGUUCCCCACAGCCGGGGAGAGCCACCGCCGGGGCAUCGCACCUCGGCUGAGGUGCAGCGAGGCACGUGGUUCCUGUUCCUUUUCUGCUCCUGUUCCCGUCCUUUCCCGACGUUUCUCUCCCAUGGAGGGGCUCUCAGGUUUUUGGGCUCUGUUUUCCCUUUGUGGAUCCUCUGGACUGAUGGAUUGUGAACCUUUUGGGGAAGGCGUAGGCACAUUUUCGUCUCAUUGCCUUGUGUUGUGCAGUGAUAUGUAUGCAGAUUUUACCAUACACACAUUUGUAUAUGUGUAAAUUACACAUAUUUGCAUUAUGCCAGAUGUAUGCAAAUUUUUAUUUCUAUAAACAAAAUUGGCACGUACAAGCACACCUUGUUAAAUGUACCUGUGAAAGUUAAGAUGUAAGAUCUGUGUUUUACAUACACCAUCUCACAGCACAUCUGGAGAAUGUAUUGAGUGUAUUGAUCUGCAUGUGGAAUUGAACUUUUCCAGAUUCCUGUGUGCGAUAGUUUAACUAAGUAGUAUGCACCCACUCACUCAGACACCCUGACUUACCACCACCCUCUCAGUGGGGUGAGAAAGAGAAUUGAAAAAAAAGAUAAAACCCAUGGGUUGAGCUAAAAACAGUUUUACAGUAGAAAUAAAAUGAAUGAUAAUAAUAUAAAAUUAAUUGUAAUGAAAUUUGAGAUAACAAAAAGAGAGAGAAAUGGAAGCCAAGAAGAAUAAGUGAUGUACGGUACAGUUGCUCACCACCCACUGACUGAUGCCUAGCCCAUCUCGAAGCAGCAGUUGGUUCCUCCUGGCCAAUUCCCUCCAAGUUCAUUUGCUGAACAUGAUGAUCUACGGUAUGGAAUAUUCCUUUUGCCAGUUCAGGUCAGCUUGCCUCGUCAUGUUUCUUCCCAGCUUCUUAUGCACCUGCAGAGCACGGCAAGCUAAAAAGCCCUUGUCUUGAGGUAGGCACUAGUUAGCAACAACAAAAACAUCAGUGUGUUGUCAAUUCUGACCAGGUUUGCUUGGCAAGGUUUUGGUAGUGAGGGGCUACAGGUAUGGCUCCUGUGAGAAGCUGCCAGAAGCUUCUUCUGUAUCUGACAGAGCCAAGGUCAGCUGGCCUCAAGGCAGACCUGCUGUGGAACAAUGCUGUGCCCAUCAGCGAUGGUGGUAGCACCUCUGGGAUAAUGUACUUAAGGUUAAAAAGUUACAGCACCACGGUAUCUGCAGCAGAAGAGAGAACUGAAAACAGCCCUGCAGACACCAAGGGUCAGCGAAGAAGGAAGGGCAGGAGGUGCUCCAGGUGCAGGAACAGAGAUUCCCCAUGUGCAGAGCGUGGUGAGGCAGCUGUGCUCCUGCAAGCCCAGUGGAGGACCACGGUGGAACAGAGAUCCACCUGCAGCCCGGGGAGGACUCUCCACUGCAGCAGCUGGGUGCCUGAAGAAGGCUGAUCCCAUGGGAAGCCCACGCUGGAGCAGGCUCCUGGCAGGACCUGUGAGCACAUGGACAAAGGAGCCUGUGUUGGAACAGGUUUGCUGGCAGGACCUGUGACCCCAUGGGGAGUCCACUUGGAAGCAGCCUGUUCCUGAAGUACAUGGGGAAGGAGUGGGAUUGUGGGGAAAGAGUUGAAAUACUUUGGAUUUUGUUGGUUACCAUCUGAUUAGCUUACAUCAGAAUGGUAAAUGUUAUCUUCCAUCCAUCAGGUGGAGAAAAAAAACUCACUUCACCUGUGUACCACGCUCUGUACGACUGGGGUCGCAUUGACCUCACUGGAGAUGCAACUACAAGUACUGCUGGUGUCAACAGUGAAGACUCACAGCAAAAAGAAGAUGACAGCAACUUCUCGCUGAUCACCUGGAACAUUGAUGGGCUGGAUUUAGGAAAUGUGAAAGAUCGAGCCAGAGGAAUCUGUACAUACCUGGCAUUAUACAGUCCAGAUGUUGUGUUUUUACAGGAGGUCAUCCCACCACAUCUCCCUCUUCUCCAGAUGAAAGCAAGCAAUUACACUAUUAUUCCAGGUAACGUAGAUGAAUAUUUCACUGCUGUAAUGUUAAAGAAAUCGAGAGUGAAGCUACUGAAACAUGCCAUAAUACCUUUCCCAACGACUGCCAUGAAGAGGAACCUUUUAGUUGUGCAUGUGAGCAUAUCUGGUAUUGAACUUUGCCUUAUGACUUCUCAUCUGGAGAGCACUAAAGAUCACUCAAAGGAACGUAUAAAGCAGCUUCAAAUCGUGUUAAACGAAAUGCAGAAAGAGUCUGAGUCCACCACUGUUAUAUUUGGAGGGGAUACAAACCUCAGAGACAGCGAGGUUACUAAACUUGGAAAUCUACCUGACAACAUCAAGGAUGCCUGGGAGUUUCUGGGUAAACCUCAGCACUGCCGCUACACUUGGGACACCCAGUCCAACACCAACCUGAAUGCAGCCUACAAGUGCAAGAUGAGGUUUGACCGUAUUUACUUUCGGCCUGCAGUGGAAGGGGGGCAUUUCAUUCCACGAAGCAUGGACUUAAUUGGUUUGGAAAAACUAGAAUGUGGCAGAUUUCCUAGUGAUCACUGGGGCAUUCUGUGUAAUUUUGAUGUUAUAUUAUAAAAAAGAAAAAAAAUACUCAUAUCUUCAGUUUUUAGGUGAUUUAUUCUUGAUUUUACAAAAUUUUACCCUCUCAGUUUAAGGUAGGGCAUAUUUAAGUUUUCAACCCUAAUAUGUUCUUUGUUCUUGGCUUCUGCAGGAAUGGCUUUGUUUCAAGCCAGGUUUCCCUUUUCCUGUUGUAUGCAUCUUUUCUUGAAUUAUGUUUUAUAAUAUUUAUUUUUGAAAAUAUCUGCAAAACCAAACAAAUUCUAGUUUUAAAAUGGCAGGAAAAACCAGUGAAUACAAUUCAUAAACACACUCAGUGAUUCAAAAGAUACUUUUAUUUUGACAUGUAUCAUGAUCUCAUAAUAAAGGUUGCUUUUUUGUAUUUUAA